AACCGAAUCAAGAGGCAGACAAGGUCGAAACAGGACCUGCAGGCAGCAGUACAAUGUUUAAAAAGUUGAACCAAAUCCUUCUGAAGGAGGUGGAUAAUGAUGGUCAACUGAAAUCAUUCAAGAGUCUCUGUGAGUGCAAAAACAUGGAUGUGCUGUCUAUUGUGAAAAUUACGGAGUCCAGAUACUUCUUCCGGAAAACGGAACACUACAAUCACACAGAGUUUACACUGCAGGACAUACUCCAGGACAUGGACACUAUGGACUCUGGUGGAUUCCGUAGGUACAGCGUAGCAGCUGUGGAUUUAAAGAAAAAAUGGCAGGCCAAGUCUGGAAUGAAAUUGGUGGUGCCAUUUGUUGAAGCAGAACAAAGCCUUGAGGGUGGUGGCACUAUGGUAACUACAGAGAUAAAAUUGGAGUGUGUGACUGCGGGUCUUCAGAAAGUAGACAGCAUGUUUGACAAGAGCACAAUAAACAAGGACCACAUCCUGUUCAAAAUAAUGAAAAAGGACAAAAGAAUCCUGGGCCUAGGUGUGGUAUAUGAGGUCAUGAAAAAUGAAAACCCUGUGAAAUUGGAGCAGGAAAACAAGGGAGCAGUGGCCGCAAAGAUUGCCUCCAGUGAUCCCUUGGGUUGUGUGCAGAUGGAAGGUCACGGCAGUUUCGAGACUGAGAAUCGACUGAAACUGGAUGCAGGCUGCGUUCUUGGAUUCAAAGUACACCCCCUAUCUUUGGACAGAAUAAAGAGCCCACCCAUGACAUUUCCAGGCCCGAUCCCUUGUAGAAUCCUGGGGCAGGUCUCGACAAUACCAGGACAAAGUAUCAAAGUGAAAGACGACAACGACGACAAGCCCUCAGGACAAAGUAUCAAAGUGAAAGACGACAACGACGACAAGCCCUCAGGCGUGGAGGACCACUGUUACCCCAUUCAAGGCCUGGAGGACCGCCGUUACCCCAUUCAAGGCCUGGAGGACCGCCGUUACCCCAUUCAAGGCGUGGAGGACCACCAUUACCCCAUUCAAGGUUAG